AUGGAGGAAACGUGGACCAACACUAUAAAUGCUGUAAUUUCUUUGGCUAACUAUGUGGAGAGUAACAUUAAUGAUCUAGUGAACUAUGACUAUGCGUUGACGACAUUGCUUAAUCUUAGAAGAAACCUGGAGGCAUCCAGUCGGCAUGUUGAGGACACGGUAUGGACUAAGUUUAAUGAAGUGGAGCGUUUAAUUCGCAUUGGUAAUGUCUCAGAGAUUACAACACGCAGGAUUACACGAUGGGGGUUAAGACGAGUGGACUUGAAAAAAAGUGUUAGUGACGCUGAGUUAGACGUGAUCGUGUCUGACAUUCAUCGCAAUUUCCCCAGCGCUGGCUACAAGCUGAUACUAGGUCACUUGAGGUCAAAGCAACUUUUUGUCAAACGGAGCCGUGUACUGGCAUCGUUAAGGCGAGUAGACGCUGAAGGAGUUCUGAUGCGUAGGCUCUCACUACGCACCGUUAGACGAAGAGUGUACUCUGUACCAGCUCCCAAUAGCCUGUGGCAUGUUGACGGGAAUCAUAAGCUUAUAAGAUGGAGAAUAGUUGUGCAUGGUGGUGUUGAUGGGUUUUCACGGCUCAUUGUUUACCUGACUGCAGCAACAAACAACAGAGCCCAAACUGUUCUGGAAAGUUUCCUGUCAGCUGUGGAGCAGUAUGGCGUCCCCUCAAGAGUCAGAUCAGAUAAGGGAGGGGAAAACGUUCUGGUGGCACGCUUCAUGGUGACUAAUUGUGGAAUCAACAGGAACAGUCACAUUGCAGGAAGAAGUGUACACAAUCAAAGGAUCGAGCGACUAUGGAGAGAUGUUUUUGAAAAUGUCCUUGAUCUAUUCUACAGCACUUUCCUUCGUCUGGAAGCUGAGGGGUGGCUUAAUCCAGACAAGGAGACAGACCUCUAUGCUUUACAUAGAUGUUACAUGCCACACAUCCAGUCACAUCUGCAACAAUUUCAGAGAGCAUGGAACAACCAUUCCUUAAGAUCUGCAAGAAACCAGUCCCCUCUUCAGCUGUGGUCAAGCAAAGAAAGAGAUAGACACACACUACACAUUUCUCAGAUAGAUGAUGACAACAGAUGGUGGAGAGGCCCACAACGACCUUCAGUUCAAAUUCCUGAGCUACACCUUCCCAGAGCCCUGUCUCUGGUAGAACUUUCCACACUGCCAAAUCCAACUGUACCAUUGGCAGAGAUGCUACCAGUGUACAUUGAGACUGUACGGAUUCUUCGAGAAAUGCUGGAUCAUUAA